CUCACCGUUACCCACUCACCGAUACACUCACCGUUACACACACACCGAUACACACACACCGAUACAAUCUCGCGAUUACACACUCAUUAGUAUUACACACUACUGCAACACUUUCACCAUUUGAAUCCAAUCCAAUCCAAUCCAAUCCAAUACGAUACGAUACGAUACGAUACGAUACGAUAGAAUAGAAUAGAAUGGAAGACCACGGCGGGGAUUCCGAGCUCGUGGUGUCGCUGACGGACGGAAGCAGGUGGUCUCCCUCCCGGGUGGGCGGAAAGGCCUCGAGCCUGGCCGGGCUCUGCUCGGUGCCGGGGGUGGUGGUUCCGAUGGCCUUUUGCCUCACGGUGGAGUUUUUUGGGCCCUGGAUCGAUCGCAUCGAGGGGAUGAUCCGGGACGAGGACCAGGACGAGGACAACGGCAAGGACCAGGACCAGGACAACCAAAGCCAGAACCAAAAGAAACACAAACACCAGCAAGAAACCCAUGCGAGGCUCCGGGAAGCCUGCCGGCGGGAGGACCUCCUCCCGCUGACCAGAGCCCAGGCCCUGGCCAUUCGAGAACUCGUUCGGGCCAUGGAAGGGAGGGGGGAGACACGGCGGGGAGGGGGGGCCGAGCGAAAGGGAAACGGAAACGAACACGAAAACGAAAACGAACACGAAACGGAAAAGGGGAAAAGGAGCCCCCUUUGUUCGGUUUCGACCGGGUUGUGGGCCGUCCGGUCCUCGGCGCCGGAGGAAGACGGGGGAACCUCCAGUUUUGCCGGCGUCUUUUCCACCGAGCUGGGGGUGGCCAACACGGAGCGAGCCCUGGAAGAAGCCGUCCGGGAGUGCUUUUCCAGCCUCUGGGACUCCCGCGUGUGGGACUACCGGCAGCAGCAGCAGAAGCGACAACCACCACCACAACCACAGCAGCAGCAGCAGCAGCAGCAGGGCCCAAACCAGCAGGGCCUUCCCACCCGGAGACAAAACUUUUGCGUCGUGGCCAUGGAAAUGAUCGACCCGGUGGUCGCGGGGGUGGCCUUUUCGGCCAACCCCCUCAACAGCGACCGGGACGAAAUGGUCGUCGAUUCCAGCUGGGGCCUGGGAGAAUCCGUCGUCGACGGGAGCGUCGUUGCCGACCGGUACGUCCUGGACAAGCUGGCGGUGGAGGAAUACGGAUGCGAAUACAAACACGGAUACAAACACGAAUACAAACACGAACGCGGCCCGGCAAAACGCCCGGGCCACCGCAAGAGGCCCCCCAAGCUACAACCCUUCGGGCGCGAUCUGGUCAGGGAGGCCUCCAUUGGCGAAAAGGGGAUUGAGAAACGCCUCGACCGAACCGCCGGAAGGGGGGUGGCGACGCUUCCCAUUGCACCUUGCGAUCCGAGGUUUCGUUCCCCGAGCCUGGACGCUGUCUCGAUCGCCGAGCUGGCGGAGACGGUCUGCAGGGUCGAGGCCGCCUACGGAAGACCAAUGGACGUGGAGUGGGCCUUUGUCGAAACGGACACCGAAAAAGACACCGAAAAAGAACCCCCAGACCACAACGGCCAAAAAACCCACCGCGAAAAGCGGAAGCUCUCCCUCUUUUUGCUGCAGGCCCGGCCCAUCACCACCCUCUACACCCUCGACGCUCCCUUCAUGGCCACGGCCCCGCGCGAAGCGCGGAGGCUCUAUUUCGACACGAACAUUGCCAGCGAGGCAACGACGACCAAGCCCUUUUCGAGGCUCGACAUGGACUUUUGGAACAAGGCCACGACCGCCAUGAUGGGGGUUUCCUUCGGGGACGCCGAGAAGAGGAAGGUUGCCAUCUUUAGCGAAGCGAGGGACGCCGAGGUCUUGCUCUUCAACGGGCCGACGCGCCAGUACCUCAACCUCGGGGUGGCACUCAACUACGCGAGCAAGGAGUCCAUGGCGGAGGUGAGUUGCGUGUGUGUGUGUGGCAGUGUGUGUGUGUGUGUAGGGCAGUGUGUGUGGCAGUGUUUGGUUUUGCUGCUGCAUGCCAUGAGCAUAACUCACUAGUUCGUGUUUCUUUUGUUCGAUACUCGAUGCUUGGUUGCGUUGGUAUUCGAAUCGCAACAAUGCCAAUGCUCCGGUCGAAAACAAACAAAAAACAAACCAACCAACCAAACAAACAAACCAACAGUUCUUUGAGAUGAUGGAUCCCUACCUGGCAUCGAUCAUGACCUCGAAGGAUUGUGAUGAGAAGGCCUACCGCACCGGAAAGUGGAUUCCGAAGGGGGUCAAUCCAUGGAGCGCCUACAAACUUCUAUCUACCUUUCCCAUAUGGGAGUUCUACACCAAAGGGAAGAAGUACGCAAAGGACCCAAAAGGUUCCAUCGAGAAAUAUCGCGUCAUUGUGGCACGGGAUUUGGAACGGCUCGACUCCUUGGCAGCGGCCAACAGCCUGGACCUCCGGGGCAACGGCACCGCCAAUCGUUGCGAGACCGGCCCGCCGAGCCUCAAGAAAGUUUCCGCGGAAAUCGUCGGGGCGAUUCACCCCUCGUGCAUGGAAGAGUGCGGCGCCAUUCAAUUCACGGUUCUGAAGAUUGUCAACGAGCUCGACGACCAGCGCCGGAACGGUGCCACGGACAACAUCAGAGAGGAGUACGGUGCGCUGUGUGGCGGAUUCGAGGGAGAUGAACUGAUGCAAAUGAACAUUGCGCUCUACCGGCUAGCGAGGUGCCUGCCGGAAGCCACCUGGGAAGAAUACGACGGCUCCACGAACCGCACCCUGGGGGACCUGGCCGAGCGCAUCCAGCGGAACGCCGAGGGCGGCGGGGACGGCCAAAAAGACCUGCCACGAGAAUUCUUGCAAGAGUGGGAAACCUUUCUGAACCGGUUCGGCUUUGACGGGGAGGACCAGCUCUUUGUCAGCUGCCCGCGGUACAAGGACCGCCCCGAGCUGCUCCUGCAAAAACUGCGGCUCAACGCGAUCGGGAGCGUGAAGGACCCGGCGGUCAUCGCAAAGGAGCAACUCGAGAAGCGCAGGAUCGUCCAGGCCCGUCACGAGGCAGCGGCGGGGUCGGAGGCCGAAAAAGCGAGAUCGGUGUCCCCUUGGCGGCCGGUCAAGCGAUGGCUGGCCUGCAGAAAAGCGGACCGCAAGCUGGCCAAGAUUCGGAAGCGAAACGAGAUCCUGGACCACGUUUUUUGGCUCCGAAAUGCACCCAAGCUCCACUUGACCAAGGCAUUCGGAACCAUCCGUUCUUGGAUCCUUGUGGUUGAGGAGGGAUUGAUUGAAGACGGGAUGCUGGAACAAAAGGGAGACAUAUUCCACCUCGACAUGAACGAGGUCGACAGGGCCCUGGCAGAACAAUACCAGAGGAGAACCCAGAAAACGGUUCCCAAAACAAGCGAACAACGUGAGGCAAAAUCAUCUUCGACUUCCAUAACCACCGACUGGAUAGAGAUCAUUCGACCCCGGAGGGCUGCGUACGAUCGAGCCCUCUCCUCCAAACAAUGCCCCAUUCUGGUCGAUUCGAGGUGCCGGAUCCUCCGACCGGAUCCCCCGCUUGCCUCCGACGACCCCAGCAUUCUGGUGGGGUCCCCCAUCUCGCCGGGCACCGCCACCGGCAGGGUCCGCAUCGUCCACUCCGUGGCGGAUCACUCCUUUCGACCGGGGGAGGUCCUCUGCGCUGUGGUCACCGGUCCCGCGUGGACCCCGCUGUUUGCGAGCGCGUCGGCGGUGGUCUUGCAGAUCGGGGGGGUUCUCCAGCACGGUGCCCUCUGUGCGAGGGAGUACGGCAAACCGGCCGUGUCGACGAUCGACGUGAAUUCCCUUCUCGCGGACGGAAUGGUGGUGGAAGUCAAUGGAACCACGGGGGUCGUCAAGAUUCUAGAAAACGAAUCCGACGGGUCGCCGUGAAUUUCCUAUUGUUUGCUUCGCUUCUGUUUUCCCUUCCUUCCGUUUUUGAAAAUUCGAAGCAAAUAUUUUGAUCGAGUCUAGGGAUAUGCGAAACCGACCGUGUCGAUGUUUAUGCCGGUUCAUUCGGAUGUGACUGUUCGAUCUCGUAUCCUGGCAUCCUGUCGAGUCCGCAAUCCGUUUUGAACGAGAAACUACUCGCAAUUCUGCACCCGGGAGGUGAAUCCCGAGCCUUGCGAUACUCCCAGGCACCCGUUUCCUGGUAGUGGCGAACUCCGGCAUGGGUGACUAGGUGCUCUCUUUCGCAACGAAUAUUUUACGAAACGUAACUUCAUUCCUCAUAAAACGCCACCUUCUUUCGAGGGCUCCUAGCGACAUCCGUCGCCUCUGCCAUUGGUGUUGUCGUUGGUGAAUGAAAGUCCGUGUCUUCCAGCCGAAUGGUUUGCUCCCGGUUCGAUCCAUUGACACCCUUGUGGAUUAGGCGGCUCGUCGUCGUGGAAUCCUUCUCCCGGAAAGAAAGCUUGAAGUCCUCCUCGGAUUGCUUGUCGCUUUGUAUGCAACGCCCACAGUAUUGACUUGCUGCUAUUCUGGCUAUUGAAAAUACCGCCGCAAGAGCACUACUAUCCUAUAUGAAUUUUGGGGUAGACCUGGUGAUGGAAACCCACCAAAUUAGUAAAAAAUCGAUGUCCUAUUAAAAAAUCUUGGUUUUCAGUUACAAGGAUAACUUGUUCAUUGCAAAAUCCCAGCUUCAUGGAACAAGUAAAAUAGUAUAUAUGAU